AUGUUUGGCUGGGGCGCUGGGCUCACAGUGGCAACAACAACUGCAGAACCGGAGAAAGAGCGAAAGCCACCUGCUCAACCAACACCACUUGACUUCCCUAUAUACAAACUCCCCGAUGCGGUCCAGAAUGAGGCUGACUCAACCCUUCAUGAUUUCCAAAACAACCUGGCUGGCAUUAAAAGCCCCCAGGAUAUCUCCCACGAUCGCUUCAAGCCGUUAAACCUCCAAGUCGAAAGCGAUGUCGACGUGAGCCGUAUGUUCCCAGAUGAUCAGGCGCGCUCUCUCCCACCAGUACCUUGGCAGUUGGAUGAGACCCAGUCUGGGGAUGCCCCUAGACCUCAGAUGAGCAAUGGCCUCCCUUACCCCGCGAAAGAACGUUUCGACAUCCUGCAGCGUGAAUUGGUGUUAGACGAUGACGAUGUGUUUCGUGAAGUGGCCCGUUUGCCCCAACGGGAGGGACGGGAAAGGGUGAGGGUCACGCAAACCAGGAAGUUUUGGGCCGGCUUGGAGCAUAUGGCUCAGUAUUGGGAUAAGAGACUGGACCACUACUACGAGAAACCGGCAUCUCCAAAGCAAACCCCGACAGACGGUGAGUCCAAGGGGGUUCAGGAUCAGGAUCAGAAUGGAAUGGAUACAGAUGAACAACCAGACACAAUAGAAUCCAAGAUGGAAGUGGAUGGCCCGACAGAAUCUGUGUACACAGGUCGUCGCGUCGACGCUGGGUCUGAAAUGCCGGACGAUAUGCGCGAUGAGACGAUCAGAGCAUUCAUCGAGAUGGCAGCUUGGCCAUUUGGAUGCCAGGUGACCAUCCCACCCCUUGCGCCGCGAUUGAUGGUCAAGAGUCUGCUCUUCCCAGUGCGACAAACAUUCCAAGCUGCACGGUCUCCGCGAGACCGCCAAGUCGCCCGCAGCGGGAUCCUAGAGGGACCUGUCCUAAUCGCGCAAUGCCGACCGGAGACUAGUUUCCGCUCUGAGAACGAUACGCCCGGUGAAGCCCUAGGCGACAUGUGUGAUGUUUUCCGCGAGGUCGGCGGUAUGCUGCUAGCCGCACAGGAACGUGCUCGCGAGGGCUUGUCCGAGCAGCGCCCCGGAGAAGGCAAGUGGUGGACGACCACAGCGCGAUUCGGAGGCGCCCCUCACGAUGAAAUUCUAGACGAUCUCGUUACAGGGCCAGGCAUGCAUGGGAUGCCUCUACCUGAUUCAAUGGUCGGCGAAGAUGACGCGUCGACGCUGACCGGGACGUCCGAGAGCGCGCCUAAACGGCAUAAAUAUGAACAUCCCUUCGUCACCUCUCUAAACCGUCGACCGAGCGCCAUGCGCAAAAUGACUAGUAGCGAGAAAUGGAAGAUCUUACAACCUGGUCCGGGUCUCUGGGACAAGCGUAUGAAAUACAUGCAGAUCGGUAAAGCUAAGGACAGUCCAUUCGACGAUAUCUACAUGGUCUCGUCGAUCAACCAUCACAUCUCUAUACUGCAUCUGCGGGUCCACAAGCGGUAUAUCGAUGUGCUCAGCUCAGGAAAGCCAUCUACCCAGGAGCAGUCAAAUGAUGGCCAACCGUGGCAUGUAUUGAAACUUCAGCGCACGAGGUGGUACGACUUGUUUGAUGCAAAUGACCGCGUCGAGGCCCUGAAGGGUGUGUGGAGUCUAUUCCAUUACCAACUGAGAACUAUCCCAGAUGUCCAGACGGUAUAG